AUCGAAUGCCACAACAAAGAUGGCCGAUCGUCUCUGACUUGGGUCACUCGGACGUCCCGAAAAUUGCCUGAAGGUCCUGACGAAAUAAACAAAUUGGGGUCCUUUCUUGCGAUAGGCUAGCUGUCGAAAACGGCGUCGCGAGUCACAUUGUUUUACACAUCUGUGGUAAAUUGUCAAAAACAACACCAAUAUAUGCCGAUACGAUUGUUUUGGGGAAUAUUGAUAACGUCUAAGUUUAUUUCGGUUCGGUCUCUUACGCCCUAACUUGCCUAGUAGUUUGGCUUUUGACCGUCGAAGGGUGUGUUUUUUUCGGCCGCUGUCCAUAGCAGUACCGUGAGCGUUAGCGAGGCAUUCACGCGAACGCCCUCGAACCCACGUACUGGUUUCUGAUAUUCAACGUUAGCCGAAUAAAACAACAAUAAGAGGGAGGCGUUAAUGAGCAGCAAUGUCUGGCAUCGCUCUUAGCAGACUGUCUCAGGAGCGCAAAGCCUGGAGGAAAGAUCACCCGUUUGGUUUUGUUGCCGUGCCCACAAAGAAUCCCGAUGGCACCAUGAAUCUGAUGAACUGGGAGUGUGCGAUCCCGGGGAAGAAAGGAACCUUGUGGGAGGGAGGACUCUAUAAGCUCAGAAUGUUGUUCAAAGAUGACUACCCUUCCUCACCACCAAAAUGCAAGUUUGAGCCACCGAUAUUCCACCCAAAUGUUUACCCAUCUGGCACCGUUUGUCUGUCCAUCCUGGAGGAGGACAAGGACUGGAGGCCUGCCAUCACCAUCAAACAGAUCCUGUUGGGAAUCCAGGAGCUGCUGAACGAGCCCAACAUUCAAGACCCCGCACAAGCAGAAGCUUACACAAUUUACUGUCAGAACAGGAUGGAUUAUGAGAAGCGGGUAAGAGCACAGGCCAAGAAGUUCGCCCCCACAUAGAGAGGAGCGCUGGCCCCGAUCCCGCCUGAGCAGCCUCAACGGAUGGAGGUUAAAAACAGGAGGCCGGCAGCACCUGACGGACCACUCCAAUAAGAAUCCAAUCUUGAGUAUUAUCAUACUGCUACAGGGGUGACGAGAGAGCCUGUUUCUCUUAUCUUCCUUUCUUUUUUUAAACGACGAAAAUUAAAUAAGAUCCCAAUUUUAUCUUCAAGAAAUAUUUCUGCAUUUUGAAUGCAUAGCGGAUGAUCCGAGAACUACUUUGUCAUGAGCUUGGUCAUGCCUCCAGUAAUCCUGUUAAGUCCUAGUCCUCUAUCAACAGAGCUGUAGAAAUAAGAUGUCCACACCUCUCUGUGUUCAGUCAGCUGUGGCAGAGGAGGAGAUUUAGUUUAUUCUUAAACUUCCAGUUUUCUAUUUUUUUCUUCAUCAAACCCAGAAGUAUUGUAGAUAGUUCCGGAUUAGGGCCAUGGACUGGAAUAAAGCAGUCAGAUGCACAGUGGAGGUCGGUCCUCCCGUUGUGCUCCUGAUCCCUUGUUUUGUUCCUCCCUCACAUCCAAGGUCCCAGAAAAGCAUCAAAAGAACACGUUAACUUUCGGUAAAAGAACAUCCUGGCACUUGUAUGUUGGCUGUGAGCUAAACUCUGGUAGUUAUGUUGGCAGGAAGUGAUGCUCUGUCCACCUCAGAGGAGCGGAAGAGCGGCGGCAGUGAAAUGGGUCACAUGGGUCAGGGCGUUUCCUCCACCGACGAGUUAAAAUGAUCUUUUAUUGUAGUGGCGCCAAGAUUACAUUAGCUUUCAGAUUCUUUUCUUCUUUUUUGUGACUCCACCUUUGAGUGACUAUUUGUCAGGCGCAGUGUUGAACUUCAUCCACAUUCAACUUUAAUUUGUCGUCUGGUUCCAAAACUGCUCCAGGAGGAGAUGAGACGUUGUGAAAGUAACGGUUGCUGUAUUGUGUUCGUUUCGGCUCUCUAUUUGUUAUGAAUAGCAUACCAUCACUUCGGUUAAUUUCUCCCACAAAGUUCCCAAACUGAAUACAAACCUGUACAAACCAAAAUGCUAUUAAAUCUUUAAGUCCAUCUGGUAAACAGAAGCUGGUGGACGCUCAUUGGAAUGGCCUCUCAAGCAGCAGGAAGACGGAGGAAAGUGAGAGAGGGCGAAGGCCGGAGAUUUUUUUGCCUCUGAAUAUAUGAGUGCAUGUACAUAAUAUAAAUAAUGACAAAUUGUGGAAGUUAUGUUUUAUAUUGUUUUAGCCAGUUGACAUUUGUGUGUGAUAUAACAAAGAACACAAUAAAUGGCAUACAAUUGUGAAAUAAAGUCAAAUAAAA